AUGUCGGUACAGGCGGUAUGGGUUGCGGCACUGGUGCUCGCCGUCGCAAGCGUCGCAUGCUCGGCGCAGGGCCCCUCGCUCUACUGCCCGCACUGGCAGUGCGGCGGAGAAUGCUGUCAGGCUGGGAGCUGCGUGAGCGAUGCCAAGACCGGGACCGAGCGGUGCGAGUGCAUAGGCGGAUGGACCAACACCACGCAGGGCUGCGACGCCCUCUCGUGCCCGUUCAACGCCACCAUGCACCUCCACCCGGGCAACCAGGCGCCGCCUGGGCCGAUGCCGCCGUGGCAGCAAUGGCAUGUCUGCGAGUGCGCCAACGACUACAUCGGCAUGGCAUGCAUGACGCCGACAACCAACGCAUCGUGCCGCUACGCUGCCGACCACUCGCCCGAGCCGCAUCGCGCCGAAAGCUCGCUCAUCGACACCUCGAACGUCAUCGUGAACGACAUCUCGUUUGCAUGCAACAUCACAGGCUCGUGGAACAAGCAGCUUGGUGGUCACGGGACAGGCUACAUCCGCUGCCAAGGCGGAUACUCGCCGGAGCACUCGGCCAACAACACGUGCUUCAUCUCCAUCAACACCCGCAUGUGCUCGCAAGUCUACUGCGCCCAAUACGCCACCCUCGUCAUCAAGCUCGCAAACUGCGCCUUUGCCCUUCAGGCCGACGGCAAGAUGCACUACGAGUGCCUCCACACAGAGGCCGGCUGCGCCAACAAAGCCGCAGACUACACAUGCUCCACAUAUCUUGCUCUCGUCCUCUCGGGCGUCUCCGGAAAGUCGUCGUUUGUCUGCGAUCCGCUGGGUCCGAGCUGA